UGGGCGCGAGAACUUGCCAUUAUUGUAGCUAUCUGUCUUUCUAUUGGAAUGAUAUGAGAAGUCAUCGCAAAAACAAGCUUUUAUUCCAGUCUGUUUAGGGAUGAGGAUAGGUUUAUAAAAACAAGGAUGCACAAACUUCUGGUAAACCUGGUAUUUUUUCACUUGUCAGUGAUCGCUAAGGCUGAUAAAUGUGAUCAGCAACAGUUGACCAAAUCUGGCUUUUAUUUGAAGAACCACAAAUACGACGCGAAAAAAGUCUCCAAUCUUCUGGAGUGUUUGAAACUCUGUAUCACUGAUCCGAAGUGUAUAACUAUCAACUUCAGCUUGUUUGACAAGGAAUGCGAGUUGAAUAAUGAUAGUGGAAUGGGAUGGCAGUUGGUGAAGCUACCACACUCAAUCCACGGCAUUCUCAAAAAGAAGGAACGGAAAGCGUCUUCGUGCAACCAACUAAAGAAAUCCUUCCCUCUUUUGAAGUACGGUUAUUAUGACGUCAUAGUCAAUGGAAAAGAGAGGAAUAUGUACUGUGACAUGGACAACUUUGGUGGUGGAUGGAGUCUGGUGGUGUCGAUCAGUAAAUCAAGCCACGCCCAUUUACAAAGCUUCGAGAUAGAUUGCCAAGACGUUUUGAAGUGUGUGCCAUUUCCUGAAUCUCCCUUCCCGGCCAAGAAGCUUUCAGAUGAAGACAUCCGAGUAUUGGCGAGUGACGGUGAAGGAACCUUUCGUGUUGAUGUUGUUAACGGGCCGGCGACCAAUAAUAUUUCAGUUUUCUAUCAGAUUCCUUCUGGAGCUCAAAACUUUAACUCCUCCUGCAGUGGGGCUACUGCACGGGAACUGGUUGUGUUGACGCUGAAUGCCCACGAAUAAUCAUUUCCCACUCGCUUCCUAAUGUGUGGGAGUCGAAUUGCAAAGGAAUCGACGUUGGAUAUUUACUCGCUGGCCUCAACCAUAAAGUUUUCGAUGGUCGCGACAAUGCUGAAUGUGGCUCUAAAUAGUAUUCUUCUAAAUAUACAUUUCCU